AUGUCAAUUUUUGGCGAAAGAUUUCAUACUUUUAUUCGAUAUGCAAGUUGGAUUCCUGUGAUAUCGUUUUUUAUUGAUCAUGGAUUUGGUUUAGCUUCAGUUAAUGGACUUUCAAUGCAGCCAACAUUUAACCCAGAUUCAAACAAACUUCGUAGAGAUGUUGUUAUAUUAAAUCGAUGGGCUACUAUAGCACACCAAUAUUCUAGAGGAGAUGUUGUGGCAUUAUACUCACCAGAAGAUCCAGACAAAAAAUUAAUAAAACGAAUAAUAGCAUUAGAGGGCGAUACAGUGUUUACAUUACCUCCUCAUGCAAAACGCUUGGUACGAAUACCUGAUGGAUAUUGUUGGGUUGAAGGCGAUGAAAAAUUUCACAGUAAAGAUAGUAAUACAUUUGGUCCGGUUCCGUUAGGUUUAAUUCAUUCUAAAGUCACUCACAUAGUAUGGCCUUUAUCAAGAUUUGGUAGGGUUCCGAAUGUGGAUAACGCAGACCGUGUCUUUGAUAAUGGUAUAUUCCUUCUUAACAUUGUAACAGUAUUAGGUAUAUUGUAA